GGAGAGAGCUUUGCUCGGAGCACAAGCCUUAAGUAUCAUCAAAGAAUUCACACUGGGGAGAAGCCCUACACAUGCAUGGAGUGUAGAAAGAGCUUUGCUCACAGCACAAGCCUUAAGUAUCAUCAAAGAAUUCACACUGGGGAGAAGCCCUAUAAAUGCUUAGAGUGUGGAGAGGGCUUUGCUCUCAGCACAACCUGGAAGCGACAUCAAGGAAUUCACACUAGGGAGAAGCCCUAUAAAUGCUUUGAGUGUGGGAAGAGCUUUGCUCAGAGCACAAUCCUUAAGCAGCAUCAAAGAAUUCACACUGGGGAGAAACCCUAUAAAUGCUUUGAGUGCGGGAAGAGCUUUGCUCAGAGCACAAACCUUAAGCUGCAUCAACGAAUUCACACUGGGGAGAAGCCCUAUAAAUGCUUAGAGUGUGGGAAGACCUUUAACUUGGCAUUUAUCCCUAUUAAUUUUCAUUCUCAUGAAGUAAUUCACACUGGGCAGAAGCCCUAUAAAUGUUUAGAGUGCGGGAAGAGCUUUGCUCACAGCAGUAGCCUUAAGCUGCAUCAACGAAUUCACACUGGGGAGAAGCCCUAUAAAUGCUUAGAGUGCGGGAAGACCUUUGCUCACAUCAACUACCUUAAGGGGCAUCAACGAAUUCACACUGGGGAGAAGCCCUAUGAAUGCUUAGAGUGCGGGAAGACCUUUGCUUGGAGCACACACCUUAAACAGCAUCAAAGAAUUCACACUGGGGAGAAGCCCUAUGAAUGCUUAGAGUGCGGGAAGACCUUUGCUCAGAGCACACACCUUAAACAGCAUCAAAGAAUUCACACUGGGGAGAAGCCCUAUAAAUGCUUAGAGUGCAGGAAGUCCUUUGCUCACAUCAAGGACCUUAAGCGGCAUCAACGAAUUCACACUGGGGAGAAGCCCUAUGAAUGCUUAGAGUGCGGGAAGACCUUUGCUCGGAGAACACACCUUAAACAGCAUCAAAGUAUUCACACUGGGGAGAAGCCCUAUAAAUGCUUAGAGUGCGGGAAGUCCUUUGCUCACAUCAAGGACCUUAAGCAGCAUCAACGAAUUCACACUGGGGAGAAGCCCUAUGAAUGCUUAGAGUGCGGGAAGACCUUUGCUCGGAGCACACACCUUAAACAGCAUCAAAGAAUUCACACUAAGGAGAAUCCCUAUAAAUGCUUAGAGUGCGGAAAGACCUUUGCUUGGAACACAAAGCUUAAGCAGCAUCAAAGAAUUCACACUGGGGGGAAGCCCUAUUAAUGCUUAGAAUGUGGGAA